CAGGCCCCAUUUCUUGUGCGAUUACGGGGUUGUGGGAGGAAGGACGCUGUCAGGAUAGGGGGAGAUCUGCGAUGUGUCUCGCCUUGGCUGCGGGUUCCCUGCGGUCUUACAUUAGAAGUGCAAACAUCUUGGCCAAAGCCCUGGGCAGCACGAGGCCCUGUUCCUCCCCUCCGCCGGCUGAUCUCCGGUCCAGCUGUCUUCCGAGAGGCGGUGUCCGCGCCGGGAAGUUCUCUGGUGUGGGGUUUCUCUUUCCUCGCUGCCUAGUUGAGGCCAGUUCCCUCAGGAAGACCUUGGGCUCGGAACCGUUUUCCCCGUUUCCUGGGUGGUGCAGCCCCUUGUAGGAGAAUUAGAGUAAGAGGCUCCGGGUCGGCUCGGAGGACGCACCUGCCCCAUGGGGGUCCAGGGGCUCUGGAAGCUGCUGGAGGGCUCCGGCCGGCAGGUCAGCCCCGAGACGCUGGAAGGGAAGAUCCUGGCUGUGGAUAUUAGCAUUUGGUUGAACCAAGCACUUAAAGGCGUCCGGGAUCGUCAUGGGAACUCAGUAGAAAAUGCUCACCUUCUCACUUUGUUUCAUCGGCUCUGCAAACUCUUAUUUUUUCGAAUUCGUCCCAUUUUUGUAUUUGAUGGGGAUGCUCCGCUGUUGAAGAAACAGACUUUGGCAAAGAGAAGGCAGAGGAAGGAUUUGGCAUCUGGUGACUCCAGGAAGACUACGGAGAAGCUUUUGAAGACAUUCUUGAAGAGACAGGCUAUCAAAACUGCCUUCAAAUCUAAAAGAAAUGAAGCACUCCCCAGCCUAACACAAGUUCAAAGGGAAGAUGACAUUUAUGUUCUGCCACCUUUACAAGAGGAAGAAAAACAUAGUUCAGAAGAGGAAGAUGAAAAACAAUGGCAAGAAAGAAUGGAUCAAAAACAAGCAUUACAGGAGGAAUUCUUUCAUAAUCCUCAUGCAAUAGAUAUUGAAUCUGAGGACUUCACCAGCCUGCCCCCGGAAAUAAAGCACGAAAUCUUGACUGAUAUGAAAGAAUUUACCAAGCGAAGAAGAACAUUGUUUGAAGCAAUGCCAGAGGAAUCCAAUGACUUUUCACAGUACCAACUCAAAGGCUUGCUUAAAAAAAACUAUCUAAACCAACACAUAGAAAAUGUCCAAAAGGAAAUGAACCAGCAACACUCAGGACAAAUCCAGAGGCAGUAUGAAGAUGAAGGAGGGUUUUUGAAGGAGGUAGAGUCAAGGAGAGUGGUCUCUGAAGACACUUCACACUACAUCUUGAUAAAAGGUAUUCAAGCUAAGAAAGAUGCUGAUAUGGAUUCAGAGUCUCUUCCAUCUUCCAGCAAAAUGCACAGGUUGUCUUUUGACAUGAAGUCAUCUCCCUGUGGAAAACUGAAGCCAGAAAAAGAGCCUGAGGCUACACCCCCUUCUCCAAGAACUUUACUAGCUCUGCAGGCUGCUAUGCUGGGAAGUGGCUCAGAAGAGGAGAUGGAGAUUGGAAAAGGGGGUCAGCACAGUGAGAGGAAUGUGUCUCCUACCACAGAGCAAGGCUCCAUAUCCCCCCGGACCCUCUCCGCUAUUCAGAGGGCUCUUGAUGACGAUGAGGUGAAAGUGUGUGCUGGGGACCAUGUGCCUUCAGGAGGACCAGAGUUGAAAGCACUGCUCAGAAACAGUCUUAAUGAGGAACAUGCUGCAGGACUUAGAGGAAGAGAUGGAGAAAGAGUGCCAUUGACCAUUGCCCCUCCUUCAGCCAGUGUGAACUUUGUAGAGGAACAUGUUGCCAGUACUAAUAGUGAACAAAAACUAACGGACUCAUCUCAUGUGCUGAGUACCAUUUUUCAUCAAGGAAUUGACUCUCGCACUCCAAAAGAACAAGUAUUGCAGUCAAGUGAUGGAUCUACAUUUAAAGACAGGGUAGGCUCACAUCCUUUAGAACGUACAGAGGUUCCACACAGUGAUGUACCUGGGCUCCCCAGUAGAAGGGAACCGACACCAUCACCUCCACCAAGCACUAGUUCUGAGUCAAGGAGGGACACUCAAAGCAAAGAGUUUGAGCCGCAGAAAGAUCUUGGCCAAUCUGAGAGUAAAUAUGAUCCCUCUUUUCUUUCAAGUGAUGACGAAACAGAAGGUGGACAAAAUCCUGCUUCUCAAGUCACUGGCACUGUCCCUUUAGAGGCAAUAGCUGACUUAGAAAAUGUGAUACCAUCUAGUGCUAAAGAGCAUGGUGAGUCCUUGAAAACUAUCCAAGAAUGGGAGACAACUGAACCUGCAGGCCAGGAGUUAAUUUCAGUUCCUAAGUCCUUGGGACCAUUGGAAAUGGACUCUGAAGACAGUGAGUCUGAUGGGAGUUUCAUUGAAGUUCGGAAUGCAGUUAGUGAUGAUGACCUUCAAGCUGAAUUCCAUGAAGCUUCCAAACCUCCCUCUGAACAAGGGGAGGAGGAACAGAAAGGAGCUGAGGCUGCCACUAGUGACAGCCAACACGUCCUACAGGACAGUGAGGACUCGGACAUCCAGGAACUCAAAGAAACUGAGAAAGAUGCGGAUGGCUCGCCUAACGAAUGGGAAGAUAUUAAUUUGGAGGAGCUGGAAACCCUGGAAAGCAAUCUUCUAAUACAACAGAAUUCACUGAACGCUCAAAAACAACAGCAAGAACGGAUCGCUGCCACUGUAACAGGGCAGAUGUUCCUGGAAAGCCAGGAACUUCUGCGCCUGUUUGGCAUUCCGUACAUCGAUGCUCCCAUGGAAGCAGAGGCACAGUGUGCCAUCCUGGACCUCACUGAUCAGACUUCUGGAACCAUUACUGAUGACAGUGAUAUCUGGCUGUUUGGAGCACGGCAUGUUUAUAAGAACUUUUUUAAUAAAAACAAGUUUGUGGAAUAUUACCAAUAUGUGGACUUUCAUAACCAGUUAGGAUUGGACCGGAACAAGUUAAUAAAUUUGGCCUAUUUGCUUGGCAGUGACUACACUGAAGGAAUCCCUACUGUAGGCUGUGUGACAGCCAUGGAGAUUCUCAAUGAAUUCCCUGGGCAUGGCCUGGAACCUCUCCUAAAAUUCUCAGAGUGGUGGCGUGAAGCUCAAGCAAGUAAGAAGAUAAGACCUAAUCCUCAUGACACCAAAGUGAAAAGAAAACUACGAAAGUUGCAGCUCACCCCUGGUUUUCCUAACCCAGCAGUUGCAGACGCUUACCUCAGACCUGUGGUGGAUGAUUCAAAGGGAUCGUUCCUCUGGGGGAAACCCGAUCUUGACAAAAUUAGAGAGUUUUGUCAGCGGUAUUUUGGCUGGAAUAGGACAAAGACAGAUGAAUACCUGCUUCCAGUAUUAAAGCAACUAAGUGUCCAACAGACACAGCUCCGAAUUGAUUCUUUCUUUAGAUUAGCUCAACAGGAGAAACAAGAUGCUAAACGCAUCAAGAGCCAGAGACUAAACAGAGCUGUGACAUGUAUGCUGAGGAAAGAAAGAGAGGAAGCAGCUAGUGAAGUGGAAGCAGUGUCUGUUGCCAUGGAGAAAGAGUUUGAGACACUGGAUGAGGCGAAAGGGAAAACCCAGAAGAGAAGCCAAGCAAAGAAUGUGAGCGAGGCAUCCAGCCCGAAGAGAAAGAGGCUUUCGGAUUCUAAGCAAGAGGACAAAUGUGGCGGGUUUCUGGAGGACACUUGCCUCUCAGAGUCACCUGGGGCAUCUUCAGGUGAGGACGCUGGAGGUUUGUCUGUGAUGAACAUGCAAAGGAGAAAAGCAGCUCAAGAGUCAAAAAUCAGCUCUUCAGAGUUGCCCAGCUCAGUGAACAAUGCUUAUGCAAGGGGUGGGGGUGUGACUACAAGCAGUUCCAGUGAGGAUGAUGGGGAGAUACCAAAAGCGAUCCUGGUGACUGCCAGACCUGUGUUUGGGAAGAAAAAAGGGAAGAGAAGUACAAGGGGAAGGAAAAGAAAAGCAUAAUUGAAAAAUAUGUGUUCUCUGUAAUUUGGUAGAGCAACAUUUUGUAAUGAAUUGAAGACAAUUAAAUGUA